AUGGGAGCAUCGUUUUACGUGGCCUUGUUUCGAGGUAGACCCGAUGCGGUGAAGUUAGCCGGCCAGUGUUCGUGCGACUUUCUAGCGUGGACUAACCUUGUUGGGAAGAGAACAUUGAUUUCUGCUCAACUCUCACUAACAUUGAUCUCUCUCACUCUGGGAAAUGCUAGAACUCACAAGUCGGAAACCAAGCAAGCUACGCUCGAUGUUUCCCACAAGGCAUAG